AUGGACGAUGUGUCUAAAUGGGUAGAGGCACAGGCUCUUUCUUCAAAUGAUGCAAGAGUGGAGAAAACGAGACGAAUUCAUGAUGACCGCCUCAGGAAAGAUAAGCAAUUUCAGGUCGGAGAGCAAGUUCUCCUUUUCAAUUCAAGGUUGAAGCUUUUUCCCGAAAAGCUGAAAUACCGCUGGUCAGGACCAUACUUGAUCAUGCAGACAUUUCCUCAUGGUGCAGUUGAGAUCUCUCAGCCCACUAAAGGAACUUUCAGUGUCAAUGGGCAUCGAUUGAAGCAUUAUACGAUAAGAGAGGACAUUCCUUCUCUUACAAUGGACAGUGUGUUCUUACUUCAUGAUUCCCCCGCCUAA